AUGGCGAUGAUGAUGACUGGCCGUGUGCUGCUGGUGUGUGCCCUCUGCGUGCUGUGGUGCGGUGCCGGCGGUGUUUAUGCGAGGGACAUUCUCAAAAACGCACAGGGUGGCUGCGUGGCUUCGGGAGGGUUUGGAAAGAAAAGAUCCUAUUUGUGGAGCGGAUUUGAUAAAGACGUGCCGACACCCUUUUUGCGUUCAGUUUUGCCCAUUCCUGUCAUACAAGCCGGAGAUUCUGAAGGUGUUUCUUCCAAGGAAAAUAAUGGUAAAAAUUUAAUUUUAGGUGAUGGAGUUUCUGGUGCCGAAAUCACUGCAGGAGUAGGACGAGGUGGUGGUGGAAGUGAUGGUCGAGGCGGUGUAAAUUCUGCUGGAGAAGAAGGUGCUGGCGGCAGUCAUGCUGGUUCUGUGCCUGGCGCUGGUUCCUCUCCUCCUGCUGGUGGUCCUGCUUCCGGUGGUGGUUCUUCACCUGACCGUAGUGCUAACACGGGGACCACUGUCAGUCUUUCAUCCCCUUUGCAACGUGAAGCCCAACAAGAAGUUUUGCAAAGUGAUGAGGCAAAGAAUCAGAGUCGCCAGUUGCUCGACGGAAAGGCACCGGAUACGCCCGUCGCUGAAACGCAGUCACGGGGCUCUGGUCCAGCAAGGGGCCAAGGUGUUGACGACACUUCUACAUUGAGUGGAAAAGAGCAGCACUCUUCGGAAGAACCAAGGAAAGAAGAUGGGGAUUCGGACACACUUCAAACAGUGGACUUGGCAGAGGAUCCAAAUACAAAAAUAGAAAAAAAAGGAAAAGUCUUACCGGAAUUAUCAAAAGCAACACUGCCGGAACCUCAAGAUGAACAUCCAACAAAAACUCCAGAAAAAGAGAAGAAAGGCAGCCAGAACACGAGUGCAUCCACGGAUUCACCUGCAAAACAAGAAGGAAAUAACGAGGAUCCUGUAUCCACUUCAGACACUGCGGAGAGCGUAUCAACUGGCAGUCAAGAACAAGCAGCAGCGACAUCUUCAAAUGAAAGCUCUUCCCCACUUCAGAAGGAAACAUCCAUUGAAAAGACUACUGUGGAGAAUUCUCAACCUUCCGAUGGUGCACAGACAGAAAAACGCCAAAGUGGAGAUAAGGAAAAGGUUGGCGACACUGACGGCAGCACCGCGGUCUCCCACGCCACCUCCCCUCUUUUGCUUCUUCUUCUUGUUGCGUGUGCGGCUGCUGCUGCGGUGGUGGCCGCGUGA